UGACGUUAUCUUUCCUACUUCGGUCUCGUGGUCGCUCUCCGGCCAGGAGCAGCGGAAAAACCCCAGCAGGCCCUGCUUCUGAACUCCUCGAAGACCCUCGGAGCACUUCGAACACCUCUUCCAAUUCGAUCUCCUGUGUUGAGACGAGAUGGCGGCGAAGAUAGAUCAUGAAUGGACUGGAAUUCGGCAGUUCCCCUUUGGCUGGAGUUGGGAAGUCAUCUACUGUGAACUCCAUUUUAGGGGAGAAGGUGGCCACUGUUAGUGCUUUUCAGUCUGAGGGAUUGAGGCCUGCGAUGUGCUCUCGUACUCGGGCAGGUUUCACCCUGAAUAUCAUAGACACUCCAGGGUUUGCGGAAGAUGGAUAUGUAAAUGAGCAGUCUCUUGAAAUUUUAAAAAGGUUUCUUUUGAACAAGACUAUAGAUAUUCUUCUAUAUGUGGACUGGUUGGAUGCAUAUAGGGUGGAUAGUUUGGAUAGACUGGUCAUCAGAGCCAUAACUGACACAUUUGGCAAAAGAAUAUGACACAGAUCUUUGGUUGUUUGAACUCAUGCAUAGCUGUCUCCACCAGAUGGAAUGAAAUAUGAUGAUUUCUUUGCUAAACGAGCAGGAGCACUUCUCACAUGCAUUCACUUGUGUGCUUGGAUUAAGAAGCAGGAGUUUCAGUUGAUCGACGGCCGAAACCAGAACGAUAGGGGAAAGUUCUUCAUAUCUCUUAUCCUAGCAUUUGAGGACAGUUCUGUGGAAUAAAUUAUUUAAACUUGAUGGAUGAAAUUUCCUCUAUAAAGUAGAAACUCAUGUAUUUGUGUUCCAUGUUUCAGUACUUCGUCGUGGUUAAAGGUAUUCAACCUUCUAUAAAGGCGGACAUUAAGAAGGAAGCUAAGCCACUAUGGGAGCUUCGCGACAUGGGCUUAGAAAAUCGUAAACUUUUUCUUCUUCAACACGAUGCUUGUUUUUGUUUUUGUUACAGCAAUGUAUUCCUGAUGAUCUCUCUAAUGUAUCAUAAGGGUGCUUAAUUGUAAAUAGUUGAUUAAGUAGAAGAUCAGAUUUAUCUGGCUGAGGAUGAGAUGCUUGUUUUUGUUUUUGUUACAGCAAUGUAUUCCUGAUUAUCUCUCUAACGUAUCAUAAGGGUGCUUAAUUGUAAAUUGUUGAUUAAGUAGAAGAUCAGAUUUAUCUGGCUGAUGAUGA